AUGGCUUCAUUGUUUGCAAAAAGAGGUGAAAUAUGGAAUGCGGUAUUACAAUCGGGACAACUGUGGAAUGAAAGCAGCAUGAAAUUUAUUAAGGAAGAAAGUGCCAAAGCAAUGACUCAUCAUGUGACAAGAUUCGAUCAACAUAACCACAACUUCAUUGUCAAAGAGACAAUCAACCACAACGAGGGGCUGCCAAGACAAGAGUAUAGGGUUAUGCUACCAUCUCGUUGGUGCGAUUGUGGAAAAUUUCAAGCCCUUCGUAUGCCUUGUUCUCAUGUCAUUGCAGCAUGUACGUAUGCUCAUCAAGAUGCAUUACGGCUUUUAUCUCUAAUUUACAAGGCAGAGACUUUGCUCAACGUAUACAACAAUGGCUUUCCAAUGGUAGCAAAACCGGAUUAUUGGCCUGCGUACGAAGGAGAAAUAAUUUGGCACAACGAUCAAAUGCGAAGGAAUAAAAAGGGUCGUCCUAGAAGCAAGCGUAUCACAACUGAAAUAGACUCUGUUGACAAGCUAGAAAGAGAGUGUGGUUUAUGCCGUCAGGUCGGACACAACCGAAAAAAUUGUCACACUCGUGCUACUAGUUCGACAACAUAA